AUGUCUAAGACAAAGUGGAGUGGUAUAGAGCACACCCAACUCCAACUCACCCCACCAAGAAAUGGGGGAAUAAGAAGAGAGGGAGAAGAGAAAAAUGUCAUAAAGAAUGGGGAGAAGAAAGAAGGGAAGAAUAGAGAAGGAAUGGAUAUUGAAAUUGUUGGGCGCCAUGCGCUCCUCUUCGACGAUGAUACCACGGCAGCCUUCGUCAACUCCCAAGACGCACUUGUUGACUGGAAUUCUCUACUAAUCGAUCGUUACGACGUUCGCCACCUCCUUUUCAGCCCUCCGCCAUCUCGGAGGCGGCGUAAUCCUCAAACCUCGCAUUCAACUUCCGCUGACGUGGAAAUCGAUUAUGAACGGUACCUGGAUCUCCCCUCACCUUCCGAGGAAGAAGAAGCAGAUCCAAAACCGGAACCUGUGGGUGGGUUUAAUGCUGUUCCUUUUUCUUAUGGCAACAAUGAGGAAUCUAAUGAUCAAAAGAAUGCUGAAGCUGAAUCAGAAGUCCCUGCAUUUCAUCCCCCUUUCCCUGUUCCUGAAAGCCUGGUUCAGAAUUUGAUGCUCGGAGCAGGGAUCGAGUUAUGCCCUAAGCCUCCUACAGAAAAAGCACAUCAGAUUAUUUCAAGGACUGCUCUUUUUGUCAGCAAAAAUGGAGGUCAAUCAGAGAUUGUUCUUAGAGUCAAACAAGGAGACAACCCCACUUUUGGGUUCUUAAUGCCUGAUCAUCACCUACACCCUUACUUCAGGUUUCUAGUCAACCACAAAGAUCUUCUUCAGUCAAACGAAGAGAAAGCAUCCAAUACAGAGAACCCCACAGGAGCUUUGUCUUUACUUGGUUCUGUAUAUGGCACUGGUGAAGAUGAUGAUAAUGGAACAGAGCAUCCAUCAUCACCAUCUGGAAAAGACGAUGUUGCCAGCUGGAAAACUAAAACAACCAUAUUGCCAGCUGGCAAAGACGAGCCUGUUUCAAAGCAAUCACUAGAUGCUCCUAUUUUAAAAAAGAAUUCUUUUCCAAAUGUAAUGAAGGCUGGAAAAACUAGCAGCAUGAGAAAAGGUGAAUCAUCAACAUCAAGUUCAGUCUCUGGUAUUCGGGCUUCUUCUCUUCCUCCAAUUCCCAAAACUGAGCUCAUGGUUAUGGAUCCUCCAUCUGACAUGAAAAAAUUGGUUGAUAAAAUAGUAGAGUUCAUCAUCAAGAACGGGAGGCAGUUUGAAGGAGUUCUUAUAGAACAAGAUCGUGGUCAUGGCAGAUUCCCUUUUCUAAUUCCAAAUAACAUAUUCCAUCCAUACUAUCUAAAAGUUCUUCACACAGCUCAUGAGUCGAAGUCAACCGUUGGGAGUUUCCACAAUGAGAAAGGCAAUUCUUCCAACAAGAAAAUGUUAAACUCAAGGGAUACAAAAGCUUCUUUAAUGGAAUCUGAUGAUAUACCUCUUGAUUCUGAUAGAAAAGAGAAAUUCAAAAUGGUAAUGAAUAAGUCUAAAAAAGAAGCAUCAGAUCCUCCAUCUAAACCCACACAAGAACAAAGUGUCCAGGUGGAUGCUGCUCAAGCUGCAGCUAUUCUUCAAGCUGCUACACGUGGCAUCAAACAUCCAAAUUUAGGGAUCUUGAAUGGAAAAUUUGGUGGACAACAACAACAAUCAUCUUCUAAUGUAAAUGAAACUGAUUCCAAUGAGCAAAAGUUAAAAGCUGAGAGACUAAAACGGGCUAAAAUGUUUGUGGCAAUGCUGAAAAGUGGGACCAACCCAUCAAAAGCCGAACCCACACGUGGCUUAUCAGCUGAGCCACAAGUAUCAAUCGACACAUCAGACAAAAAAAUAAAAUCAGAAAAGGAGCAUUUGGAUGAUGAAAAACGUUCAAAGAGGAAAUACAGAGAUAGAUCUAGCAUACAUAAUGAUAUCGAUGAUGAUGAGGGUGAAGAAAAAAGGUCACAUAGACACCAUAAGAAGAAGAAGCAUAGAUCUCAUGAGAGUGAAGAAAGACAUCGAUCUCAUCAUAGUACUUCUCAUAAACAUGAUGACGUGGACAAAAACAAUAAUAAAAAAGAUCACAAAAGGAAAAAGAAGCAUCGAUCCUCUAGUAGUUCAGAUGGCGAAGAUGAACAUGAAUAUGAACAUUCUAGAAGGAAACAUCGGUCCCACAAGUCUUCUUCUCAUAAACAUAGGAAAAGUCGUUCUCGUUCUUCUAGGCAUAAACAUAAGCAUACUCAUGAUGAUGGAAAGGCUUCAAAUUCAGAAGAAGGGGAGAUGAGUUCAAAAAGGGGACAUGUGAGUAGAGAAGCUUCUGUUGAUGUGUCAAGUUCUUCAUAUCAAGAACAAAAGCCACAGCCCUCUCAGAUAACUGAGGUUCCUGAUGAUCUUAGAGCCAAAAUCAGAGCAAUGUUGAUGUCUACAAUGUAAGUUAUUAUUUUUUUUUUGUUUCGUUUAAUUUACAUUUUUAUGUAUUAGGGAGUUGCAUAUAUGCAUACAAUGAUAUACUAAAAGAGAUCACAUGUUAAGCUUUUGGGUCUAGGGUUAAGAAUUGUUUAGUGUAGAUUAACAAAUGACUAUUGCUCUAAAUUGUUAUAAUAAAAACACAUUAUGAAUGAGCUACUAUUGGGUCAACUUUCAUAGUUGUUAUCCUAUUAUUUUCUCUCUCUUGGGUCAACAAAAGAAGCUAGAAAUUGCAUGCUUUUCUCCUUUGGGGUCAACAAAAACGGCUACAAG